UUGAACACAAAGAACAAAUAAGGAAUGAUGAAACCAUCUAUUCGCUCACAAAACAAAAACCCUCGAAAUUAAACUACCCUUUUCAUCAACUGUCUUAUGAAGCUGAAAACCUAGUACUCACACUUCACCUCCCUUCUACGAUUCACAUAAACCCACAAAAAGAUAGAGAAAAUAAAAAUAAGGGCUUUCAAUUCUGCAACAAUCCUUUUUCUUCUGGGUUUCUGUAACAAUUCAUUUCUGGGGUUGUUUUGGUUCUUCAAUUUGAUUACAAUAUCGGGCGUUUGUGAAAUUUGUUUUUCCAAUUCGUUGUUCUGGAAGGGUUUUGUGUCGAUCAGUUUGAAUAAAGGUGAUAGUUUGCGAGUUGUGUAUGGAGAUGGACGAGGAUUUGAUUACUGCUUGCAAGGCUAAGUUAGCACAAUUCAGGUUGAUAGAGCUCAAGGAUGUACUAACUCAAGUUGGCCUUCCAAAGCAAGGGAAGAAGCAGGAUCUUGUCGACAGAAUUGUGGCUUUGCUGUAUGAUGAAGGCACUCCAGGGUUGUUCAAGAAUAAUGUCAAUGGGAAGGAAAAAUUGGUGGAAUUUAUUGACGAUGCUUACAGAAAGAUGUGCGAAUCAGGAAGUAAUGGCUCAAAUGCAAGGAAACAAAAUUGCUCAGGUAGCAGCAGAACACAGCCUAGAGAGGAAGCUGAGGAAUCGAAUGAGUUAGAAAGGAAAUUACGCUGUCCUUGUGGUAGUGAUGUGCCUGGUGGUGGCCCGCUGGUUCAGUGUCUGGAUCCAGAUUGCAAUGUAUGGCAACAUAGCAGCUGCGUGAUCAUACCAGAGAAGCCAUUGGAGAAGAUUUCUAUGCCCAUUCAUUUUUUAUGUGAAAUCUGUCGAGUGAAACGUGCUGACCCCUUUUGGAAAACUAUGGCACAUCCACUAUAUCCUUGCAAGUUGGGAUCUUCCGCACUUUCUAUUGAUGGUACAAACCCACAUAUGAUAUUGGAAAAGAAUUUUAAAUUAACAAAGGCGGAUAGGGAAUUGUUGCAAAAGGCAGAGCAUGAAAUUCAGGUUUGGUGCAUACUCUUUAAUGACCGCGUUCCAUAUCGGAUGCAGUGGCCGCUAUAUGCAGAGCUGCUGGUUAAUGGUAAACCAGUCAGGACUGUGAGUAGAGCUACCGGACAGCUGUUAGGAGCUAAUGGACGCGAUGAUUGUGCAAAAAUUAUGGCAUACAUUGUGGAAGGAGUUAAUAAGAUUUCUCUAUCAGGCACUGAUGCCCGUUCUUUCUGCUUUGGAGUCAAACUUGUGAGAAGGCGUACGCUUGAGCAGGUGCUAAGCAUGAUUCCCAAGGAAUCUGAUGGUGAAUCAUUUGAAAAUGCACUUGCUCGGGUUCAGCGCUGCAUUGGUGGUGGUAUUACGACAGGCAAUGAUGACAGUGAUAGUGAUUUGGAGGUCAUUGCUGAUUCAAUCCCAGUUAAUCUUCGCUGUCCUAUGAGCGGCUCUAGAAUGAGGACUGCUGGAAGAUUCAGAGCUUGUGCACACAUGGGUUGCUUUGAUCUUCAAACUUUUGUGGGACUAAAUGAACGCUCUAGGAAGUGGCAAUGCCCUAUCUGUCUGAAGAACUACUGUCUUGAAGAUGUUAUUGUUGACCCUUUCUUCAAUCUUAUUCUGAAAAAGAUGCAAAGAUGUGGAGAAGAGAUACAUGAGAUUGACAUGAAACCUGAUGGUUCUUGGCGAGUAAAGAAUGCUCGUGAAGUUGGGGAUCUUGCUCAGUGGCACUUUCCUGAUGGUUUGAUCCAGGUGUCCUCCAUAUCACAAACGGCGAGAGAACAUGUAUCAGAACGCAAUACUUCAAAACUUACACAGGAUAAUGUUGCGAAUUGGCAUGCUGUUGGGCAAGGAAGUGAUGAAGUUGGAAAUAUUGACCAAAACAUUAUUACAAUGAGUAGCACCACGACAGGAGAUCUUAAAGAUGAUGGAGACCCAAGUAUCAAUCAAGACGGUGUUGAGCAAUUUGGGGUUUCUGAUAUGAAUGAACCUGAAAUCACCUCAGGCGAAAACUGUAAUCUUCCUUCUGCAUUUGCUGAUGUUAUUGUUCUUAGCGAUUCGGAAGAUGAUGAUGUCAAUCUGGUUCAUCCUGAAACUUCUCAUGUGGUUUGUCAUACUAAAAAUGAAGAAUGCUUAAUUUCUUCCCCUGGGGAAAAUCUCAACUCUUAUCCGGAUGUUGCUUCUGAUGAGGGCCCUGGUAUAUUCAGAGGGAGUGCUGGUGAUUUUUUGAUUCCUCAGUCCCCUACACCUUCUAGAUUGCCAGAAGGUUCUGGGUUUGAUUUCUUUGGUACUUCAGGUCCCUUGCUUGAUGAACACAAUUCUUUAACGUCUUUAACCUACCCAAGACCUGAUAAUUGUGAGCUCACCGCAGCUUCCGCUGUAGAUCCUGCUCAUCAUGUGAUCCCUUCAUAUGAUCCCCUAAAUACCUCAUUCGACCAUCAAUUUGCAUCUGCCAAUGGGACCAUCCCUUUGGAAGCUAUCCUUCCAUGUACAUUGAUUUCCGGAAAUGAGCUACCAAUUUUAAAUAGUAGUCCUGGUGAGGAUUGGAUUUCUUUGAAAACUGGUGCCAAUGGAAAUGAGAGUUCCAGCAGUAAUGUGGAGGCUCAUCAGGAAUCUGCAGAUGAAAAUGGGCUGGAUUUGCAAAACCAGUUUAGGUCCAAAGAAGAUUCUUUGCUUCAAAGGACUCGUGGAGAAUCUGGAUCUAGAUCAGACAUCGCUGCUAGUAGGAAAAGGUCUGACGGUCCUUUUACUUUCCCUCGCCAGCAAAGAUCUCAAAGGAGGCGAACAUGUGUACAAACAUCUAAGGACCUCGCAUCAAAACAAAGUUAAUUGUGUUGGCAAACUUGGACGUUUAAUAGGCCUCUAAGGGGAACACUGAGGGAGGCUAUUUGCCUGCUUGGCUUUCCAUUUCUAUGGUGGUUCUCCUUUUUAACCUUUGAUGGUUUACCUUACAGAGCCAGUUUUAUCAUGCUGUUUAAGGAAACCAUUGCUUUUCUACCUUGCACAAUUUUAAUAAUCUGGGGAGAGCUGUUUUGUCUUUAUGGUAAAUUGGUAAGCCAUCAGUAGGAUUCAGGUCUGGGAUAUUAUGUCUGCCGUUGCUUGAAGACACAUGGAUUUCCCCUUUAAUCUAGUUGGGCUUGCUCUCCUCCAUAGCAGAUCCUGUGCCCCGAGGGAGCAAACUUGUUAGUUGCAAAAAGACACGCAAAGGUGGAAGAAAUUUUGCAAGGUGAAUGUUAUGGCUUUAGGUUGGCGUAUUCAGCUGACAGUUAAAUCACUAAGAGGAAUUAUACUCGUGAUUGGAUGACUGACGAUCCAAAACGAGGAAACGUGUUUUGUAUGAGCUUUGAGUCCAGCGAUGAUGCUACGUAUGUCUACUAGUCAAGACUGGUGAAAUUUCAUUGUCAUAAUUUCUCUGAUGAAAAACUGGUAGCAUACUGCUGCAAUGUAAAGGGAAGAUUAAUUAGUGAGUCUGCUAGAAUUAGGUUUUUUCUUCUUUCUUUGCCCCCUCUCCCCCCUUUCACUUGGGGGUUGGGGGUGGGCUGGGCUGGGCUGGGCUGGGCUGGGCUCUAUACAGGUAGCUCAUGGCGAUAAUUUGAUGCUGCGGCAGAGGCCACAAAUUGGUCAAUAUACUUGGAAGCUCUAAUUUGGCGGCGACACUGAUGGCCUAUUUGGGAAAGUUUUCCAUGAUAGAGGAUUACUUGCCUAGAUUUCCUUCACAAAAACAUGCCAAAGAAUGUAAAUUUUAAUGUAUUCAAGUGUAAAUAAUUUUUUCCUGUUACUGUCAAAACAGGGCAUAUUUGGAAAAUCAUCUUUAUAGACGUCCUCCAUUCUUAGA